AUGGAGUCUGAACAAGAAAGUCCCAGUGUCAUAAUAAGAAAUAGAGCACCACGUGAUAGAGUUAGAGUACAGGAGGCUGUUCGAGAGUCUCUACUGACUGAUUCUUCAUCAGGAAUCGUUAAAGGUGAUGAAGAUUCAACCAGUAUUGGUACAUCAACUUUCUCAAGUCCAGAAAUAGAAGUAAGCAAUAAGGAAUUGUUGCAAACUUUCAAGAAUGAUAAAGUGCGGAAAAGUGUUCAAUAUGAAGAGGAUUUUGAUGGUAUCAAAGUUGGUAACGCUAAUUUAAAAGAUGCAUUUGAAAAGAUUGAAGUUGGCAAAGUGAAAAUUGAAGAUACAAAACUUAUAAAUAAUGAACACACGGUGGCAAUACCCGACGGAGGUUGGGGAUGGGUAGUUGUUGGAUCAUCGUUUAUAAUAUCUAUGAUUGCAGAUGGCAUCAGUUUUUCAUUCGGCUUACUUUAUAUAGAAUUUUUAGAUGAAUUCCAAGCAAGUAAGUCGACUACUGCCUGGAUAGGCAGUUUGUUUAUCGCUGUUCCACUUUUAGCUGGUCCCGUUAUGAGUGCCCUCGUUGAUCGUUAUGGAUGCCGAAGUAUGACAAUUUUAGGAGGAAUAAUUUCAACUAUCGGAUUUGUCUUAGCAUCGAUUUCAACAACUCUAGAAAUGAUGAUGAUAACCUUUGGAGUGAUAGCUGGAUUAGGUCUUGGCCUCGUAUACGUCACUGCGGUGGUUUCUAUAGCAUAUUGGUUUGAAAAGAAAAGGAAUCUAGCAGUUGGCUUAGGAGCUUGUGGUACAGGUGUUGGUACAUUUGUAUAUGCUCCAAUGACACAAUAUUUCAUUGAGGAAUACGGUUGGCGCGGAACAAUUCUUCUUCUAUCUGGGACAUUGCUGAAUUUAUGUGUAUGCGGUUGUGUCAUGCGUGAUCCUGAGUGGUGGACAUUAGAGCAGAAAAAACAAAGAAGCGAAUCAAAAGAAGAUGUCAAAUCAAAACUUUCGAGCUCCGUAUCUGUUGCCAACGCCUGUGGCGAUUACGAUAUUACUACACAUGGACAGAACAUGAAUCAUUUAAUAAAAAAUGGGAGAUCAGCGGAACAAGUAAUAAAAGAGGAGGCUGCUAGUAUACUUCGGAGAGAAAAUUUGCUUCUAUUUAGCAAACAAAGAAGGCGAAAGUCGGUGUCUUUAGUAAACAUUCCAACGUACCUUACUUAUACUGAUAAGGCUUCGAAGACAAUAUUAGAUACAUUAGUAAAAAAAGCUAGCGAAGAUAAUACAGAUGUCAAAUAUCCAGUUUUGACGAACGAUUCUUUCAAAUGUGAUGAUUAUAACAACGUCAAUAAUUCACCAAUAGUGAAAUAUACAAACGAACUACAGAGAACACAUUCGGUUAAAUUUGAACAAAAUAAGGGUAAAAUGCUGGAAAACUGUCAAAUAAAAAAUCCUAGAUUGGGAGUAAUUGGAAAGUCGUUAUCUGAAACAAAAGAAAUUAAGCCAUUAAUAAAACAAGAUAGUAAAGAAAGCAAACGAGAUUGGUUGAAAAAGCAGCUCUCUGUGAACCAUCACUAUUUGAGAGAUUUAAAAAUGCCAUUAAAUUCUAUAAGUCAUAGAAAUGCUAUGCUCAAUAUAAAGAAAUAUAAGCUAAAAGCAUCCUCAUGUCCGGACAUAUUUAAAAACUCAAUGAUAACUGUUAAUGAUCAGGAAGAGAAAUGGUACGAUGACUGUGUCAGUUGUCUUGGGGAUAUGUUCAAUGUAUCUCUCUUCAAGAAGAUUACUUUCAAUCUUCUCUGUUCCGGUACCAUAAUAAUAUUCAUUUGGUUCAUCGUCCCCUACUUCUAUCUCGCCGAGCACAUGAUACAGAAAGGUUAUAGUGAAGACGAUGGGGCCUUUAUGUUGAGUUUGAUUGGAAUUACCAAUACUAUUGGGAUGGUAUCCCUUGGCUGGAUAGGUGACUUUCCAAACGUAUCAAUCGGCAACCUCUACGCAGUGUGUCUCGUUCUUUGUGGUGCCGCAGUAGCAGCCAUACCCCCAGCAGCGUCAAACUACUGGAUGUUAGCUUUAAUAUCAGCCGCCUUUGGACUGCUAUUUGCUGCUUCAUUCACUUUUACACCAAGUUUGUUGGUCAAAUUGGUUUCUUUGGAUGAUUUCACUUCAGCAUAUGGAUUGGUAUUGUUAGCUCAAGGUAUUGGACAUUUGAUUGGACCGCCAUUGUCAGGUCUAAUCUUCGAUGUUACUCUAUCCUGGGAGCUAUCCUUCUACUUGGCGGGUGGAUGGAUAAUAGUCGCUGGAGUAUUAAUUUCUUUCAUACAACCUGUAAGGAAUUAUCAACAAGCACGUCAAGCUUUGGACGAAUGUGAUUCUAGCAUGGCU